AGUCCCGCCUCUGGCUGUCUUCGGAAGGCCGAGUUAGGGGCGGAGGCAGCAGAGGUGGGGCGGGGCGUACUGAGACCGGUAUAAGAGCGGAGGGGGCGGCGGCGGAGCGGCUCACUCGGUGCCGGUGCCCGGGGUUUGUAGUGACCGAGCCCCUCCCGCCGGGGCUACCGACGGCUAAGACGUGCUAAUACCAUCAUCGCCGUCACCUCCUAGCCCUCCUCCUAAUAACAACUCCACCCACCGCCCAGAAGACUGCCUAAUUAAUCUCAACCCAAUCAAUCUCAAUCAGCUCCCUAUUGCAGUUUCCCUGGAAAGACUAAACCCCAAGAUGGCAGAUGAGACAAACACCAGGGAUUGCAUGUCCUUCAGUGUGCUGAACUGGGAUCAGGUCAGUCGGCUGAAUGAAGUUUUGACUGAGGUUGUACCAAUCCAUGGACGGGGCAACUUCCCCACCCUGAAGAUCACACUGAAGGAUAUUGUUCAGACUGUCCGCAACAGGCUGGAGGAGGCGGGAAUCAAGGUGCAGGAUGUUCGGCUGAAUGGGUCUGCGGCUGGUCACGUCUUGGUCAAAGACAAUGGCUUGGGUUGUAAAGACCUGGAUCUAAUUUUUCAUGUGGCUCUUCCAACAGAGGCAGAGUUUCAGCUUGUUCGAGAUGUCGUUCUGUGUUCUCUUCUGAACUUCUUGCCAGAGGGAGUCAACAAGCUAAAAAUCAGUCCAGUGACUCUUAAGGAGGCCUAUGUCCAGAAGCUGGUAAAGGUCUGCACGGACACUGACCGUUGGAGCCUGAUCUCCCUCUCCAACAAGAAUGGAAGGAAUGUGGAACUCAAGUUUGUAGAUUCCAUCCGCCGUCAGUUUGAGUUUAGCGUGGACUCCUUCCAGAUCAUUCUGGACUCUUUGCUUUUGUACUAUGACUGUUCAAGCAAUCCCAUGUCUGAACACUUCCACCCCACUGUGAUUGGGGAGAGCGUGUAUGGCGACUUUGAGGCAGCCUUUGACCACCUCCAGAACAGACUGAUUGCUACCAAGAACCCAGAAGAAAUCAGGGGUGGAGGACUCCUGAAGUAUAGUAAUCUUCUGGUACGGGAUUUCAGACCCACAGACCAAGAAGAAAUCAAAACCCUGGAGCGUUACAUGUGUUCCAGGUUCUUCAUCGACUUUCCAGACAUUCUGGAGCAACAGAGGAAGCUGGAGACCUACCUCCAGAACCACUUUGCUGAAGAGGAGAGAAGCAAGUACGACUACCUCAUGAUCCUUCGCCGGGUCGUGAAUGAGAGCACUGUGUGUCUCAUGGGACACGAGCGGAGGCAGACCCUCAACCUCAUCUCCCUCCUGGCCCUGCGCGUGCUGGCGGAGCAGAACAUCAUCCCGAACGCCACCAACGUCACUUGUUACUACCAGCCCGCUCCCUACGUCAGUGACGGCAACUUUAACAACUAUUACGUUGCUAACACUCCAAUGCCCUACAGCCAGCCAUAUCCCACCUGGCUGCCCUGUAACUAACUAAUCUCUUGACUUGAGGAUUUCUGAAAAGGAACCCUCAAAAGGGCAAGGGCUUUGCGGAGAUAGGGGAGCCUUUCUAGAUGCAGGUGUUUGGCUUUUAAAGGGGAACUCAGCUCUGAUUCUGCUUAUUUUCUUUGUGUACCCAUCGAAUGGGUCUACAAUCUAGCAUGAGAAAACUUUAAAAGGGACCCUUAUUACAGUGCCGCUUUGGAAACUGACCUGUCCAAAACACACUUACCACUUCAUGGUCCCGAACCUUCCACACUUGUGGAUUUGAGCCCCGUGGCAGUGCAGUUGCUUAGGAUGGAAAAUAACUUGGGCAGUGUUUGAGAAGCCUUAAGCCAACUGUCUUCUCACAUCAAUCGUGCAUCUAAACUAGGCUGUGUUUUAGCCCUUGUCCCGAGUCCUUAGCAGCUAAUGCUUGGGCAAAACUGUUUUCUUGAAUCCAUGCUGAAUGCCAAAGGUGAGGGUCUUCUUGGGUGCUUUUGUUCUGGUUCCAAGGGGGAUUUUGAGUAAAGGCCAGAUUGCUUAUGUUUGCUGACUUAUCCCCUUUCAGCAGAGCUGAAGGUUUCCUUCAACGAUGAAACCAAAGCCAACAGCCUUCAGAAUUGAGGUCUGGUUAGAAGUGGCAUAUGUGGCUUAGAUGCUGUGCUACCCCAAAGAACUGUGAGAGGUUACUGCUAAAGCAUGACCUAAAAGGUUUCUUGGAAAUGUAACUCAAAACCAAAAUAAAAUGUAAGACAAUGUUAAAGUAGAAAAAGCAAUUGGUGGUGGUGGGUGGUGGUUGUGACUAGAGACUUAAUGUUCAAAUGACACUUUCUUUAAGGCAUUUUUAACGAAUGGAACUUUUGGCUGUUUCCCCCAUUCAGUCUUUUUUUCGUGGCUGACCUGUUUUGUUGUCCUGUUCUUAAGAUUUAAGUUGGGCGGUCUUGUUUCAUUUUGUUCCUGCGAUGACCCAUUCAGACUUCCCUCAUGUCUGUGUUGUAGUAGGAUGAGAUGCCGCUUUUGAUCACAUGCCAAAUAUGACAACUUAAUUUAUUUGCAAUAUGUUGACUGCUAGUGGUUUUUUUGCCCCCAAAAAAAAAUUUUCGGUAGUGCAACUACUCCCCUAACUUUCUAUUCACAGCAAAUGAGUUCAUGAUGCUUACUUGGAUAGGAAUUUGGGCUAGUAGGAUAGCUCCAUUUGUAAUCCUAAAUGAUUUAUGGAAAGAUCCCCUUGAAUUAAGCAGGCUGCUUGAGCUAACACUUAUGGUUUCAAGGAACUGCAAUACAGUAAAGACUGCUGUUCUGAAUCUUUCUCAUGUCUGGAUGAAGGCUUGGGUUCAUAAAAAGUCUGGCAUGGAAGUGGUCAAAGCUCUUAAUUUGGAUAAUGUUCUCCCUUCUAGGUAAGGACUGGCUUAGUGAAUGAGAACUUAGCUGUUUUCGUUGACCUGACCCAGUGUACUUAUAUUGUAUUCUGCACUUUAGGGAAAGAUGGUGUUAACUUUAGUGAAUGUUCUGUUGCUCGGCUUGGUUAAGAGUUCCAGGGUCAUUUAGGUGUAGAGACCCACUGCAGAUUCUUCCCUACAGAGAAGGAAUUUCAUAUUGCAGCUUUUUAUAGGGCCUCCCACUUCAGAGAAACAAUUUUAGUUGACUAGGAAAAUGAUAGCCCAGUUGGCAGAUUUCAAAAGGAUUUAUUCAAAUCCAAGAUCCUGAAUUUGACACUGCUAUGGCCAUAGAAAUCCUGGGCCAUGACAAAGCUAAGUUAAUGAAAGAAUACUUGAAGAUCAAUGACUUCUCUGUCUAAGAGAAAGCUAAGAGAUGUUUGGUGUGCUCUGUCUGGAAUGUGAUAUUUUAGCCCCUUUUUCAAGUGAAACAGGUAGGUGAGCUUGGUUUUGUUUUCCUCCUUGGGUGUCACUCAUAAUGUGUUAACUUUAGCAAGGUGAAUAAAAAGUCACCUUAGCAGUACCAUUCGCAUUUGCUUCUUUAGAAGACCUUGGAAGAUUAUGUUGAACUCCUUGCUUUUAAAUCAAAGCUAACUUAUACUCAGGUGUGAAUGGGGUUGGUUUGAGGUCUCUUGGUAGUAUUUCAGGUGUGGCACAGACUGAAGGUGGAUUUAUCAAACCACUUGAUUAUCUGUGACUUAUGAUAAGCUGUCUUUGGAGGGUAAUGGCAAUACAUCCGCACUAAAAUUAUUCAUUUGUGGCAGAAUGUUAACCAAAGCUUUGGCAGUGGCUGGUUUCUGUUUGCUUGCCAGAUAAGUUUGGGGGUGAGGGUGGUGAGGGGAGCUCAGAACUACACCCUUAGUUUAAAAAUAAUUAAAUUCCCAGUUUGUCCUUUUUGAAAGCUCAUCCUGCUCAUUAUACCUUCUGGUUUCUCUCUUUAUUAGUGCCCUGACUACAGGGUGGUUGGAGGGGAGGAGGGAGUGGGAGGAUCUAGGAUGACCACUUCCACCUGCAAAAGUUUGCCUUUUUUCUGCCCCCUUGAAGGAAUACCAGCAUCUUUAGAUUUGUACUUUAGGUCAUCUAGAACAUGUGCAGUCUUCCACUUUAGAUAAUGUAAAACAUGUAGGAGUUUAUACUUAAAGUUAACUAUUGGGCUCUAUUUUGUCUCAAAAUAGUGCGUGUCUUGGAGAGGCCACUGGGGACAGAAAAGUAGCCAAGCCAGGGACCCAGAUACCAUUUCAGGAGCUUUUGGCUUCUCUUUGUUCCUGGCCCCUCCCCCACCUCCGCACACCUUGGGCGCCCCCUUUGUGCAAUUAUCUUCUUACCUGAGAUUAUUCUGAUCCACCUCUUUUUGUAGUUUGCAAGUAGAUGCUUAUGCAGGAGCUAGCACAGCUGCCUAAACUCCAGCUCCUCCACUCCAAUUUAAGUGUGCUGUGUGACUGGAUAGCUAAGAACAGGACUGGGUCACUAAAACCUAAUCCCUGGCUCAGGUAUGUAGUUUACCUGCUAAGGUAGCUGUUAACCAGCUUCAUGAUGUGCCCAAGACACCUCUAAAUUCAAGUGUCUGGACAUUCUACUUAAAAAAUGUGCCUUUGGGGGUCAUACAAGUAGUCUCUGUGGUCUGCAUUUUUACCAAAUCCGUGGGUUCCUUUUUUUUUCCCUUUCUUUCUAGUGUUGAGUAAAAGGAAACUUUGGUAGUCAAGAGGGGAAUUAAAAGUUCAAUUAGAAAUCCUAAUCUAAAUUUGAAUAGUAUAUCACUUAUGUUGGGUCCCUAAGAUGUCCUUUUUUUCUUGUUCUUUCUUUUUUUGGCCUUUUGCAAACAAGCAGUGUACUCUUAUUCCUCAGAAUCAGCUUUGAGUGGUCAGCCGAGAUAAGAAUUUUUUUACCUUUUUUUUUCAUGUUGGCUGAGGCAUCUGCAUUAAAUUCCUGGGCUUCAAGCUUUCAGAUCUCCUUUAUGAUCUCAUUUUGGUGGACAUUAUUUCACAUUCAAAUUCACUGGCAAACACUUAGAGUAAAACGUUCCACACGGACACCCUCUCAAUCAAUGUAGCUCAAAUUAAUUAGGCAUAUGUGAGGAAACUGGGUAUGGUUCAUAAGCCUGUAAGAAGUAAAUUUCCAUUUAGGGGUGAGGAAAGGAAGAAAGGCUUGCUGGAUCGUGGUGCAGAAGCAAUUGGGCAGCUUACUGUUGGGGCAGGAAAUUUCAAACUUGGCUUUCUUCUGAAUUGUUUGCUUUUUAUGGUUAUCUAGCAUUCAAUGGCCAAAGACCUGAAUUCAUCCUCCUCCAUUGUGGUAGCCUUCUCCCUCACACAUCUAGUCUUUACCUUGGUAGUAAUAGUAGAAAUAGUAGUAAUAGUAGGAGCAGUAGUGGUGGUGACGGUGAUGGUGGUAGUAGUCGUAGUAAUAGUUGGAUAGGAUUUUCAGUAGUAUCACUCUGUUCUUAGCUAGAAGUGCCACUCAAGGUAUCAGGUAUUCCUUUUCUUUUAAGAAUAAUAAUUCCCUUUUGGCUAGUGCCUUCCCCCCACCAUGGACUAGUCUUUGGGGCCCAAGUUAGAUUCUUCAAACCUUUUCUUCCAUAGGGUGAUGGUGACAUAAUUAAAACAUUACCACAGGAUGGGAGAAAGCAUAUAUUACUAUGAGCCAUUACCAUUCACAGUGGUUAUCUGAUUAUUAACUCUGGACCAGAGAGAAUCUACUGGUGUGUAUAUCAACUUAGGUACAAAUCUUCUUUUCUUAGAAGUUGAGAGAAGAAACACUUAGAUUUCUAAGCUUAGAGCCAGAUAUCCUUACGCUGGCAGAGACCAGAACAUUGUAUCUACUCUGGUCAUAGCUGGCUUUGGAACAAAUUCCAGUUCUCCUAAUUCACAUUCAGAGGACCAAAGGAGGCCUGGGAAGAUAUUAGGAAGCUUUUUAGAGGGGUGUAAUAGAGCAAACUAAGAAAAGGAAAGGCCAAUAUUACUGAAACCAGAUAUUUCAAGUGCCUAAAUCUUAUCACUUAUUUUUCUAAUAAUUCAAGUGUAAUGUAAAAAAAAAACCCAAACAAAUGUAGUUGGAACAAACAAAGGUACAGAGCAGCCAUCUACUCCUAUUUAUGGGAAGGUUAAAAGACCAUUCACUAAUGAAGUGGAUAAAUUAAAUGAUGUGGGUUUGUGUGGGUUUUCUUUUUGUCUGAAACUUAUUUUAUUUAAAGGUAAAGAAACUCCUGUUUUAAAAGUAGCUGUUUUUUUUUUAAAUUUUGUUUCCAAAUUAACAUAUAGCUAAGAAAAAAAAAACCCACCUUUAGUCUAUUAGUCAGAGUAGGAAAUUCUUUUCAUUUUUCUAAAUUUGAAUAGCAGCUAGCCAUUGGAAUUCUUGAUUUGUUAGCCAGUCAAGAUGUGUGGGAUUACUUCUUUGUUAAUGGUCACUAGCCUUCUCAGUCCAUAUGGAUGAAAUCACUUUCUUUUGUCAAUGCAAAAUGUGUUAAAACUUUAUAAGAAAAAAGCUUUGAGUUUAUUGAGAAAUAAAGAUAUAUUUUAAAGA